GCGAAGAGAAGACGCGACGCGAAAUCACUUGAACUGCCCGAUCGGGUUUAGCCCGUCUCCCCUCCGCCCAACUGAGGUCAUCGCUUCUUCUCAAUCUGUCCCUCUUCACUUCUCAUUCUUCCUGUUGACUGAUUUAUCUUCCUGUCCCGACUAUUACCGCCCACCAUGAGCUCUCUUCACAGAAAUUACAUGCAACAAUGCAUCGGCCUCGCCGAAACGUCUCCUCCGCGACCAACCAACUUCCGAGUCGGCGCCGUGCUCGUCUCCCGCAAAGACGGCGAUCUGUGGGCGGAAGACGACCGCAUCCUAUCGACGGGUUACACCAUGGAACUGGCAGGCAACACACACGCAGAACAAUGCUGCCUGUCGAAUUACGCGGCCGUCCAUUCGGUCCCAGAUGACCGCGUGCACGAGGUCUUGCCUUCAGAACCGGGCCGGAAACUCGUCAUGUAUGUGACCAUGGAGCCGUGCGCCAAACGACUGUCGGGCAAUGCGCCCUGCGUACAACGGAUCAUCCAGACGAAGGAAGGCGGGCGCAAUGGCAUCCAGAAGGUUUACUUUGGCGUGAAGGAGCCCGGGACAUUUGUUGGGCAAUCGGAAGGGUGCCAGCGCUUGACGGAGGCGGGGAUCGAAUGGCAUGUCGUCCAGGGGUUCGAGCGGAGGAUUCUCGAGGUGGCGGUGGCAGGACAUGAGAAUCGCGACGAGGAGAUCAGGUCAGCGCUGGAUCAGGCUGAGACAAGACUGGAUGACGUCAGUGACGAUGAGCGGGAAAGACAGAGGCAGAUGCCGCGGAAUCCGAAGAAGCGAAUGCUGUAGGCUGCGGAUGAAGAGUCGGACACAAGUGCAACUGUAACACCACCGAUGUACGGAGUAUGUGGCGUCAAAUGCCGAUGGUGGGAUGAGCGAGACGCAUCGAUUGUGUUCCCUUGGACCCGCGUAAAGUGCUAGAAAGCUGGCGCUGAAUCCAUCCAAGGUUGCACUGAGCAUGACAUAUCCACGCUCGCCAUCCAGUGUCUUGUAUAUAGUAUAGACAAAGGUGUAAAAAGAUGACCUGCUGGAUUAAUGGACUGAAGAGUGAAAAGAUGUUGAUAAGCGAUAAGACCAUCUUAUCUCUUAUCUACGAUAAGAUACCCCACAGUCGUGUUUUCCGGCGGACAAAGACGCCCG